AUGAAGUCCUUGAGGACAGUUUUCUCGGUCGCCAAGCUUUUGAGGCCGAACGUCGGAAUCACGGCUUAUGUGAAGCCAUGUGCUGUAUCGAACUUCAUCAAUGGACGCGGGUUUGCAGCACAGGCGCCUGCCUCCGCCACGCCGGCAGCCGCCCCGUCAACUGGUCGCGUUAUCGCGGUUAUCGGUGCUGUGGUAGACGUUCAGUUUGAUGAGAAUCUCCCCCCUAUUCUUAAUGCUUUGGAAGUCAAGGGCCGCACCCCUCGCCUUAUUUUGGAAAUAGCUCAGCACCUGGGUGAAAACACCGUUCGAACCAUUGCCAUGGAUGGCACAGAGGGCCUGGUCCGUGGACAAGAAUGUGUUGACACCGGUGGCCCUAUUACGAUUCCUGUUGGGCCGGAAACUUUGGGGCGAAUCAUGAAUGUCAUUGGCGAACCCAUCGACGAACGCGGUCCUAUCAGCACCAAGAUGAAGUCCGGUAUUCACCAAGACGCUCCUGCUUUCAUCGAAAUGAGCACUGAACAGGAGAUCCUCGAGACCGGUAUUAAAGUUGUAGAUCUCCUGGCACCGUAUGUCAAGGGUGGAAAGAUCGGGCUUUUCGGGGGCGCUGGGGUCGGCAAAACCGUCCUGAUUAUGGAACUUAUAAAUAACAUUGCUCGUGCUCAUGGUGGUUAUUCGGUGUUCGCUGGUGUUGGGGAACGUACACGCGAAGGCAACGACUUGUAUCACGAAAUGAUAACGACCGGCGUUAUUGACCUCAAAGGUGGUAAUUCAAAGGUUUCUUUGGUGUAUGGUCAGAUGAAUGAACCCCCGGGAGCUCGCGCCCGCGUCGCGCUCACUGGUCUUACCGUGGCGGAAUAUUUUCGGGACCAAGAAGGACAAGAUGUGCUUCUGUUUAUCGAUAACAUCUUCCGUUUCACUCAGGCCGGGUCAGAAGUGUCUGCUCUACUUGGCCGAAUCCCCAGCGCUGUGGGUUAUCAGCCUACCCUUGCAACAGACAUGGGUACUAUGCAAGAACGGAUCACUUCAACUAAGAAGGGUUCUAUUACAUCUGUACAGGCGAUUUAUGUUCCGGCUGACGAUUUGACGGAUCCUGCUCCUGCAACAACUUUCGCCCAUCUGGACGCGACCACCGUCUUGAGCAGAGCGAUUGCGGAGUUGGGUAUCUAUCCGGCCGUUGAUCCACUUGAUUCGAACAGUCGCAUCCUUGAUCCAAACAUAGUUGGUCAUGAACACUACUCAGUUGCCCGGGGUGUCCAGAAAAUCCUACAGGACCAUCGUUCUUUGCAAGAUAUAAUUGCGAUCCUUGGUAUGGACGAGUUAUCCGAAGAAGACCGUCUGACCGUUGCUAGAGCAAGAAAGAUUCAGCGGUUUUUGAGCCAACCUUUCCAAGUUGCUGAGGUAUUCAUUGGUCGUGAAGGAAAGCUUGUCUCCCUAAAAGAUUCAAUCAAAGGUUUCAAAAUGAUCAUCAAUGGUGAGUUGGAUCACAUACCCGAGGCUGCAUUUUUCAUGGUUGGUGGGAUCGAGGACGUUUUGGAGAAAGCUGAGCAGUUGGCGAGAGAAAGUGCUUGA